AUGUUAAUUUUUUUUUUUUCUUCGGUAUUGUCCACCACCACCGCCACCACCAUUGGUAGGAACAAUACGAUUCAUGUGUGUGUGUUUCGCAUCUCCUCCGCCAUGUUUUUGUUCUCCUUUUUUUGUAGUUGUUUUUGCUGUUGUUUGUGGAUGAUGAUGAUGAUGGUUUUAUACACAAUUGCGCUUAGAUUAGAAUAUAUCGGUUGUGAUUUGCUUUUUAGGCUUAAACUGAAUCAAUCUUCGAUCUAUGACAUCUUGAAAGUUUCACCUGACAUGCCCUUUAGUAAUGUGAUAGAUGAAAAAGAAAACAACAAGAGUAAAAAAGAUUUUAGUGACCAAUUUCCGAUGCGUGUAGUGCAUGUACCGAAAAGUGCGCCAUUUUUUUUUAAUUUUCUGGUGGUAAUCGUGAAUGGGUGUACUACUAUGUAA